GUGUACAACGUCCCUGUGGAUCCGCCGAAUAAAAAGGGCAAAAAGGAGAAAGAGGAGGGCGAUUGGUUUGUGCAAGUGCCAGACCUGGACGCGCAUUGUUGGAAAACAAUGGAAUCACUCAUGGACAAUAAGAAGUGCUGCGUUCUGAAAAAGGUGCUUGCUUGCGAGGUCGUCUGGGUCCACGCCGGUUCCCCGUCGUUGGCGAAGUUGGGAAAGCUCAGCGUUCAGGACAUGGUGCAGCUGGUCAAGUGCGACCGCGUGCUGGUCCGGCUGUGGAAUUACUACCAAUUCAAGUACGAGAAGAGGUCGGACGGGGACUGGAUCCAAAGGUACCCUUUCCUGAGAUCGAGGUCUGCCGUGUUCAAGAAGUUUGAAGGUCAGGGAUUGGAUGACGACUUGUGGGAUAACAGCAGGAAACACGUUUUCGACUCGGCGCUGUUCAAGGACUGCCCGCCGUACAUGGGCUGCGACCAGGACAACUCGAUUGAGGUGACGGAGAAGUUGGCGGGCCACAAGAAGUUGUCCGUCGACUGGAGAAACAAGGUUCUCUCCGUGUUGAAUGGAAGCAGACUGAAGAGCCGGGAAGUCGCACUUGCCGAAGGCGUCGUUCACAUUAAAUGGAAAGACACGGGGGACGUGACAUCCAUCGUGCCGUUCGCCAACGACCCUUUAGAGGCGGACAUCAGGGGCGCAGGGCUGAACGAGGCAACGGGUGCCACAAAGAGCCACACGUUCGUCCUCAAUCUGUGCGAGCCGGUUGACCUCAAACUGUGGAAGCCCCAAGCGUGGGAGCCGGGAAGUCGCACUUGCCUGAGGGAUUUCUGUUUUUUAUUUUAAAAAAAAAAAAAAAAAAAAAGUAAAACUAAUAUCAACUG